CAAAUUUCCGAACUUCUCGCCAAUUCGGUACUUAUCCCGGAGUUCCGAUAAGUUGUUAUUAUUGCAACAUGUUCUACGGGACGGCGGGCAACUACGGUGGGGACGGGAAUUACGAACCCGAUGAUAAUUAUCACGGAUUUGAAGGGCAACCAGACUGGAGUGAUUUUUCCGAAUCUGGGAACAUUCAAAGCCACGGGGAUCGCGUUUAUGGCGGAUGGUUCGCGAAAAAUGGACAAUGGCCGUUCGUCGUUGAAGUUUAUGUUAGCGGUGCUUCUUGUACGGGAUCUCUGUACGAUGUUAACACCAUCAUCACGGCGGCACACUGCGUAGUUUCCGAGAAAAAUGUAGUUUCUACUGCAGACUCCGUAAGGAUUUAUGCAGGGUCGGUGGUGCAUGGAAAAGGAGUGCAUCGCUAUGUCGAGAGCGUCAAUCCCCACCCGAAAUACAAGCCCCAUCUCGGCACCUACUUGUACGACAUUGCCAUAAUCAAAGUUACCGCGCCGUACAAUCUGAGUGACACGAUUCGACCCAUACCCAUCAAGCAGGGCGUGUCCUUGCCGGUGAAUACACGGUGCAUAAUCACUGGAUUUGGGGCAAUAACUGGAAAACCUGGCGAAGCUGAGCAUAACCUGACCUAUGCCAAUAUGAGGAUACGAUCAAACAAGCUAUGCGUUGACACUUACGGUGCAUCUGAUUACAAAUCGGCUAUUACGAUUUGUGCGGGAGGACUUGGGACGAGCAUGUGCUACGGAGAUUCCGGCGGUCCACUCCACUGUCCGAAUCCGAACGGUCAUGGUCGCGUCCUAUUUGGCGUUGUUAGUUUCUCGUAUGACGGAGAUGAUAAGAAUAAGCCCUGUAACAGCCCGUAUCCCGGCGUCUUCGUGCGAGUACCUGCAUUCCAUCGCUGGAUAAAGAACUGUGCUGCGGGAAAUUGUCGGCUUCCGACUGGGUGAUGAGAAAAUGGGCGAUCACAUGCAUGGAAAUAUGUACAAAUUAUGGAGAAUACGUAUGCAUGCACUGCGCUUUUGUCGAUUAAUGCGGAACUCGAAAUUCGACACUGGUUUAAACAGGCGUUUUCCCAUCAUAGUUAUUUCCCCUAUUUACAUAUUCUUCGACAACAAGGACGAGUGUAAAGACAAGUCUAAAACAUGACCUCAAAUGCUUUCAAGUAUGUACAUAAUACGGAUUAAUAAAUAUUUAGCUGAAGAUGAGUGUAUAUUUAAACGUACUUGUUAUCUGUAGAUGCAAAAAAAUGACGUUCAUUUUUUGUUCAUGAAGUUGUUACAAAUUUUAAAAUUAUGUUUAAUUGACUUAAGUCAUGUUCCUCAUGGUGAUACAUAAAUACAUAUGUCAAUACGCUACGCACAAAUAAUAUAUGUAUAAGAACUUGAGCUAAUAAAAAACCUGUAUUAUUUUCUUAAUACAA